UUCAGCUCGUUGCUUUUCACUUUGCAAGAGCACAUUCGAGCAAAACCACCAUGAGUAGGCUUAUUUUGAUUACAGGUCUCUGGCUUUGUCUUAGCACUUUGGUCUCGUCCUACAGACUUGUGUGUUAUUUUACCAACUGGUCCCAGUACAGACCUGGUACUGGGAAGUUUAUGCCUUCAAAUGUUGAGCCAAACCUCUGCACUCAUUUAAUCUAUGCCUUUGCUGGUAUCAAUGAGGCAAAUGAGUUGACUACUAUAGAGUGGAACGACGAUGUGCUCUAUAAAUCUUUCAAUGGACUCAAACAGAGAAAUCCCAACCUUAAAACUCUGCUGGCUGUUGGAGGCUGGAACUUUGGCUCACAAAAAUUCACUAACAUGGUAUCAACGCAGGCCAACAGAGAUACAUUUAUCAAGUCCUCCAUCAAACUGCUGAGACAGUACGGUUUCAGUGGACUAGACCUGGACUGGGAAUACCCUGCAGCAAGAGGAAGCCCACUGGAAGACAAGCAGCGAUUCACCCUUCUAUGCAAGGAGCUCCUCGAAGCCUUUGAGGCUGAGGCGAAAUCAACUGGGCAGACGAGGCUGCUGAUUUCUGCUGCUGUGGCUGCUGGGAAAGGAACAAUAGAUGCUGGUUAUGAAGUCGCAGAAAUUGCCAAGUUUCUGGAUUUCAUUAAUGUGAUGACGUACGACUUCCAUGGCACUUGGGAGACUGUUACAGGCCAUCACAGCCCUUUAUACAAGGGAUCCCAAGACACUGGAGAUCAUGUCUACCUGAACACUGACUUUGCUAUGAGGUAUUGGCGGGAUAAGGGAGCCCCUGUGGAAAAACUAAACAUGGGUUUUGCCACAUACGGACGGACUUUUCAGCUCGCCACUGAGUCCAGCCAGGUUGGCGCUCCUGCCAGCGGUCCGGCCUCCGCCGGUCCCUUCACAAGAGAAGGUGGAUUCUGGUCCUAUUAUGAGGUUUGCACGUUUCUUCAAGGGGCUACUGUUAAUGUGAUUGAAGAUCAGAAAGUCCCGUAUGCCACCAAACAACGUGAGUGGGUUGGAUAUGACAACAAGGAGAGCUUCAAUACCAAGGUCCUUUACCUAAAAAACAGUAAUUUUGGGGGAGCUUUUGUCUGGGCGCUGGAUCUGGAUGACUUCAAUGGGCAGUUCUGUGGAGACGGAAAUUAUCCCCUCAUCCGCUAUCUGCACUCUCUUUUGGUCUCAGAUCUUUCUCCCCCUGGAACUACACAGCCCACUCCUGUUCCGCUGCCUACGAGUCAAGGAAAACCACACACCACGUCCAGUCCUAGACCCACAAAACCUACGUCCUCCAGUGCCAGCAAUGAUACUUUUUGCCUGUCUAAGAUUGGCGGAGUCUAUCCCAAGCCCGAUGAUCCACAUUCUUUUUACAACUGUGCCAACGGCAUCACCUGGAUCCAAGCCUGCCCGGAGAGUUUAGUCUUUCGAGAAAACUGCCUAUGCUGCGACAGGCCCUAA